AUGCGAAUCGACUGCAUCGAGCGGCGCUUUGCCGUCCUUUUCUCCGAAUAUGCGAGUAUUGUGGUGCGAUGGCCAUUGUUCUUUGUGCUCAUUCCCAUGAUGGUGACAGCCGCUCUGAGCACUGGGCUACUUCGACACAAACAGGCUUUUAUGAAAGACGAACUCGAAUUGUAUACACCAACCGAUGCAAAGGCUCGAGACGAGCUUGCUCAACUCGAUCAACUUUUUCACAUCAACGACUCGGAUCCCUUUUAUGCGACGCGAAGAUAUGAUAUCAAACGAGCUGGUUACAUUAUUGUGACACAUCGAGAAGAGGAUCAUGAUAUACUCAAUCCACUCGUCAUGCAUGCUGCUAUGCAAUUAUGGUCGAUCGUGCAAGCAAUGACUGUUCAAGAUGGGCCAUCAAGAAGAAUCAAUUACCCUUCGAUUUGUGUCAAAUUUCCAAUGCCACCUGAAUUCGGUCGAGCUAUUCAUGCCCUUUUUUCACCAAACAUGACAACACCUGAUGAGAUUUGUGUCUCGAAUCCGCUAGUCGAAAUAUUCAAACUGGUACUGGUGUCGGAUCGAUCUUUUCUAAAUAGAUCAAUCGAUGAGAUUACUCUGGGUCAAAUCGGGGAUGCGGUCCAGUUGGACGCAACCGGGAUGACCCAUCUUCUUGGCGGAGUCACUCUCGACAGUCAGAAAAGGAUUGCUGGUGCUAAAGCGAUGAUGUUACCAUAUGCCUUGAGACAUUCUUCACAAGACGAAGAUCGAGUCGCCGAGCAAUGGGAACUCCAAUUGGCCGAAUUCUUAGCUAAAUACGAUUCACCAAUUAUUCGAACUGCUUGGUGGACGUACGAAACGUUGGCGAGUGAGAGUGCAAGAGACAGACAUCAACUCAUCAACAUGUUGCUGCCUUGCUUUUUUGCCGUUUCAAUCUACACGAUUCUCACUUGUUGCGUUUUUUCGUGGAGAAGAAGUCGGCCAUGGCUUGCGAUUGGUGGCGUAAUUUCGGCAGCAAUGGCUAUCGCUUCUGGAGUCGGCUUGAUGUUAUUGUUGGGUUUUGGAAUGACGAGUGUCGCCUACAGUAUGCCAUUCAUUGUCUUUUCGGUCGGUGUGGACAAUGUGUUUAUUCUUUUAUCGGCAUGGAGAGCCACUCCGACGCAUGAAAAUCUCGAGCAUCGUCUUCGAGAGACUUUCGCCGAGGCGGCCGUUUCAAUCACCGUCACUUCUCUCACCGAUUUGAUUUCUUUUGCCGUCGGCUGUGCCACCGAAUUCCCCAGUGUCAAGAUGUUUUGCAUGUACGCUGUGGUGGCUGUGAUUUUCACUUACAUCUAUCAGUUGACGUUUUUUGCAGGCAUAAUGGUGUUCACUUGUCGUCGAGAAAUCUCCAAUCGAAACUGUUUAACUUUCAUGAAAAUGAAAGACAAAGUCGAGGAAAGACUUGAUCGAAAACUUCAACAAUUCAGUGCCGGUCAUUGGGCUUCCCAUCAACCACAAGAUCGAUCUUUCGAGAAAAAUCACAUUCUCGCACGUUUCUUCAAAACCCAUUACUCUGAUUUCCUCUUGAAUCCGGUGGUUCGAAUUAUUAUUCUGAGCUUAUUCAUGGGCUAUUUGGGUAUUGCCACUUAUGGAUGCACAAAUGUAAAAUUGGGACUUGAACCGAAUGAUCUUUUACCCGAUAAUUCUUAUGGAAAAAGAACUCUUCGAAUCGCUGAAAAGUACUUUGCAGAUUAUGGUAGCAAUCUUCACGUUUGGAUGUACAACUUGUCGGCAACGGACACUGGAGGGAGAAGGAUUUGGGUGGUGCUUGACAAAGAGAUUGAACUAUAUGAACACACCGAGUUCACUGGAGGCAGCGAUUCUUGGCUCCGAACUUUCUUUGCCUUCAUCAAACAAGCCGGUCUUCUGAUUACUCCUGAGAAUUUCGUUUAUAUUCUCAAAAAUGUUUUCCUCUCACAACCACAAUUUGCAAAAUAUAAUCGGGAUGUGGUUUUUGAUCAAACUGGGACAUCACUUGAUGCUUCUCGAGUUCCUGUACAUCUACGACAAGUGGGAUCAGCAAAUCAAUCAAAAGCGAUGCAUUUGUUUCGACGAUUGGCUGAAACUAGUCAACUUUCCACCGGAGUUUACGCGGAUUUCUUUCAAUUUGCCGAGCAGUAUAAUGCUGUCCUACCAGGAACACUGUCAUCGAUUGCCUAUGCGGGAAUCGCCGUCGUCGCCGUUUCACUUCUUUUAAUCCCGGAACCGAUUGCUAGUCUUUGGGUAUGCUUCUCGAUCGUUUCGAUCAACGUCGGCAUUCUCGGCUUUAUGACUUUUUGGUCAGUGCGUCUCGAUUUCAUCUCGAUGGUCACAAUUGUCAUGAGCAUCGGCUUUUGUGUCGAUUUUGCUGCUCAUCUUGCCUACAACUAUGCAAAGGGAGAGGGAUUAACAGCUGAUGAGAGAAUGAGAAACGCGCUCUAUGCGGUUGGUGCACCGAUCCUUCAAUCAGCCACCUCGACAAUUCUUGGCGUCUCUUUCAUGGCCACUGCUGAAUCUUAUGUCUUUAGAUCAUUCCUUAAGACGAUAAUCUUGGUAAUCACAUUGGGUGCCCUGCAUGGGCUUGUCAUUUUGCCCGUUUUACUUACUCUUUUUCAUUGUGGGCGAAGUGAUGAUGAAAAAUCGGAGCAAGUCUCGACGAGUGAAUACGAUAAACCGCCAUCAUAUCGAGAAAGAAGAGACUCGCAUCAACUAGCAGAAGCACGACUCAAUGCACAGUACUCAUUGCAAGCGAAAGAUGUACAGAUUAAAUAUCUCAGCAAUCCGGAUCUUUUCAUACAGUCAAUGAGCGCAAUCUACUCGACUCCAUCUGAGUACGCCGAAACGGACAUCGUGAUUCCUGAAACGAGAUCACUUGGCACUGAUCCGAAGCCUAUCGGAGAUUUGCCAAUGUUGGCUCUCGAUCCAGUGAGAGGUCACGGAAUUUUCCCGCAUCGAGCCAAAUUGGUGCCACGUCAUACGCGAUCAAGAGACAAUUUGCACCAAGAUCCCGCCACUUUUCAUGUCUCUCAUCACAAA